UUUUUUCUACUAAAAAUAUUUCCAGAAGGAAACGGAAAAUUCGAAAAUAGAUUAAUUUACAUUUCGUGUCUAGUCCAAUUAUUAUCACAUUUAGGAAUGGAAUUUAGAGUCAACGAUGAUUUAUCACUUUUCGAAAAGAGGAAAGAGAAUUUAUUUUCUGCUUCGGUUCAAUUAUUUUCUGUGUUUUGGUGAAAUAUUAAAAAUUCGUUGCAUUUUUGAAUGUAGGAUAAGAAACCCAAGUUCGAUUGCGGUCGAAACUCGUGACCUGGAGAACUCGAUUUGCGACGUCUACAAUAGAUAUAUGCGAAAUUGGCAGAGUUGAGUUUUGCAAGAUGAAGGAAAAGACAGACGUACUACAAGAGUUUGAGAAGCCAACAACUUUUAUCCACCCACCCAAUUCACCUAAACCGACUAACUCGACCAAUCGACCAGCCAGUCAGCCAUCCGCUUCUUCACCACACGCGGCGUGAUAAAUCCUCGACACAAACUGCCAUCGUGAAUCCCGCAGAAAUAUGAAAAGAAAGCUUUCUAAAUAUCAAAUUUCCACGUGAAAAAUAAUCUAAACUGUAAAAUAUUAGCGAAUUUUUCCUUCGGGUCAUAGUGCAUUGGAUUUACCGCUAAAGAAAGAAAUAGUAGAAGAAAUAUUACCAAGUUCUUCUUAACAUCUGUAAAAAAAUAUUUUUUAUUUUUAGGAACAAGAGAGAAAAAUUAAUUUGUUAUCAAGGGAAAAGAAGAAAGAAAAGAAGACUUUAAAGAAUUUGGAAGAACUUUUUAAUAACGAAAAGAAGGAGAAGGAAGAUCGCGCAGAGAAUUUGUAAUCAAGGAAAAUUAUUCAAGGACUAAAGAAUUUGGAAGAACUUUUUAAUAACGAAAAAAAGGAAGAAGAACGAAAGAUUGCAGAGAAUUUCGUCAGAAGAAGGAACAAAAAUUGUCUUUCACCGCAGCGACGUCGGAAUUAUUUGACAGUGAAGAAAUGUCAAAGACGAUCUUCAAACGAAACUCGAAAACGUUUGUGAGUCAAAAUUGAAAGAUUUAAAACCAAGUAACUUGUUUAUCACCCGACAUAACUUGAAUCACUUUUAGAAUUGACAUCUUCAUUUUAUUGUCUACACAAUUUUGACAAAUGACAUGUUAGCCGGGUAAUUCUCCAAUUUUACUGUCAAGAGGAAAAGUUCAUCUGCCGAGACAAAUCAUUUGUUUAUAUACACUUACAUGACAUACUGCGCAUUCUUCUGACCUUGUCUGCUUUUUAAAAAGAAUCUAAAAGAAAAAUUAUGUUUCAAAUUUGAAUUUAGCUGAGGAAAAAAGUUUCGAAUUUGAAUUUAGCUAAAGAAAAAUGUUUCGAGCUUGAAUUUUUCGAGAUAAAGGAAAAAAAUGCUACGAGGUGGAUUGGCGAGACAGGCCAGUAUUUUGGCCGAUGUCACGGCGACUGGAAGUGGAAAUUCAAGUCCCGGAAGUCCGGUGGAUGUUGAGGGUCCCGCGAGACCUAGAAAGAAACUAUCAUUUAAGGAACCGGAAUUUUUCGGUUAUUUGAAAUUGAAAAAACCAUUUUCGAAGAAUAAACCACAACCGUUGAUUGAGCAUGUUCCCUCGACUCCUGAGGAGAAUUUGACCGAUAAUCUCUUCGAUGAAGAUGAUGAGACAUUUAAAGCCGAACUCGAGAGUCAAGCAAUGAGAGUGGUCCGAACGGUGGGCCAAGCUUUUGAAGUAUGCCAUAAACUCAGCAUCACUGGUGCCGCUGAUGAUAAAGAGCGAGGCGACAACGACAGGAGUAGUAGGGAUUUAGAGAAUAUUCAUCGUGAUGAUGAUUACGAUGAUCGCGAAGAAAUUGGGAGCGAUCAACCACAGCCUUCCCCAACUUCACUUCACAAAGACAUGUCACUUUUAGGUGAUGGCGAAGACGUUAUUCCAGAUCAGACUCCAAUGUCCUGUCUCCUGAGAUCUCAUGAAGUUCCAAUCACAACAGCUUCUGCCUCCCCUGUCGGGCAAUCCCCAUCGUUCUUUUAUCAGGGAACAGUGGCAUCCGAAUGCGGUGGAUUGCUGGCAGGCGGUGAACUCACAGCGUUGAAGCACGAAAUUCAGUUGCUUCGCGAAAGAUUAGAUCAACAGAAUCAGCAAACUCGCGCUGCGGUGGCGCACGCGCGACUUUUGCAAGAACAACUCGCUGCAGAAACUGCUGCUCGCAUUGAAGCUCAAACACAAUUGCUUGUUCAGAACAAGGAAUUGCUGGAACACAUCGGUGCAUUAGUUGGUCAUCUACGUGAACAAGAGCGUCUGUCAGUUGGACAUAUAUCGGGUCAAUCACAAGUGCCAGGUUCGGCCAAUGUGCCACCACAAACACCAACAAUCCCCGAUUUACCAGGUCUUGGCCAGCGUCAGAAUUCACCCUGGGAAUUGGAACCGCCGACUUUUCCGUAUUGCUCUUUUCAACCACAUCCAACUGAAUCGCUAUUGUAUCCCGGCAAUUCGAACAAUAUUGGUCUUCAAGGAGCCGACCAAUUACACUUUCAGACGCAGCUUCUCGAGAGGCUGCACAAUAUCAGUCCAUAUCAACUUCAGAGAUCUCCGUACACCACACCGUCACCCUUUGCCAUGGGGACAAGUCUGCUGAUUCCUCCAAAUAGCAGGCACUCGUUGACACACUCCUCGCAGUUCUCACCUGGAUCCAUGUCAUUAAGAGUUUCACAGCCGAGUAGUUUCACAUCGUCACCAGUGAUGUCGCAAAAAAUGGAAAACUACAUGAUUCCUGGACAGGAGAGUAAUUACAGUAAAACGUUAAAUGCUGAUAAUCGUAAGAUUGCUGCUUCUGUUGGAGAUUUAAAGAAAGGGAAAAAUGUUUACGAUGAAAUACCGCCAAUUGUACUUGAUCCGCCACCACAAGGCAAGCGUAAUGAAAAUUUAUCGCAACCAUCUAGGAGUAAUUUGACAAUUCGCGAGGAAAAUGAAACUCAAGUUCAAAAGGCCAAGGAGAGGGAGAAAAAAUUAGCGAGUGUACUAAGAACACCCGGACCACCGCCAUCGAGGACAACCAGUGCCAGAUUACCGCCAAGAAACGAUAUCAUGGGUCAAGUUAAACGGACCACGUGGGCUCGUCACACAACCAGAUAAUUGAGGAUCACAAAAUUAGUAACUUCACAUACUUUUUUCUAAAAUUAUUUAUUCAAGAUAUUAGAUUUUUAAACUAAAUUUAAUUAAAUCGAAAAAUUAAUUGACUAAACUAAAAGUUUUUUGAAUUUGUUUAGUUUACAUUAAAUUUGAAUUGAAUUGAAAAUUUAUUUAAUUAACAAUAAAUAACAAUUUAUGAAUAAUUCGAGGAACCUCUAAGAUAGCACAAGAUUUCCGAAAAAGAAAGUGCUACACUUAUUUGGGAAUUAAAAAAGUUUUUAUUAAAAAAAUAUUUAAAAUGUUA